GGGGCUUGCGGCAGUCCUCAGCCUCGCGAUCAUCCACCUCUGUGUCUCGCGCUCAGUCCUGAGGGAAAGUUCGCGUCGACAGAAACUCCGCGUUUGUUGCGAAAGUUUGUUUGAAUGUUUUUCCCAAGGUUCAUUUUCGCAUUUCACGGUUCAACGCAGCGACGAGUGGAAUAUAAACCAGUUUUAAACGGAUGAAGAACGCGCUGCUGGGAUUAGAGAGUUUUUUAAUGGAAGGAUAGGGGACGCGCGCACUCACACGGACGCGCAUAACGCAGGAUUGUGUUUCAGUCCGAUUUGAAUUAUUUGUAUGAUCUGGAUCAGAUUGGAGAUUUCGUCUGGUGACAUUUUUAUCUCACUUUAUGUGCAGCCGGAGCGGACAGAAGUUCGUUUAGAAAGUUUACCGCUGAAAGUUCUUCAUGAGCCAACUUUGGAUUUUUUGCAGAAUUUGAAAAAGUAGGUUUCAAGAGCCGGUUCGUGUCGGAUCGAUCAGCUUCGAGAGACUGAAGUGAUUUUGUGGAUCUGAAUCUAAUGAGCUGACAGCAGAUUCCAGCAGGACUUUGAGAUGGAUCAUGUUUCCUGGAUUAUUUCUCUCGUCUGGUUCUGGUUCUGGUUCUGGACUGGAUUCACCACAGGAGAGGAAGAGGUGCUGAUGAACACGAAGCUAGAAACAUCUGAUCUGAGAUGGACCAUCUACCCCAGCGGUGACCCUGAGUGGGAGGAGAUGAGCGGUUUGGACGAGGAAGGGAACAGCGUCCGCACCUUUCAGAUCUGUCUGACGGACACGUCGUUGAGUCACUGGCUGCGGACGCGCUUCAUCCCGCGGCGCGGCGCGUCUCAGGUGUACGUGGAGAUCCGCUUCACCAUGAUGGAAUGUUCCACCAUGCCGUCCAGCUUCCGCACCUGCAAAGAGACCUUCAACCUGUACUAUUACCAGAGCGACGAGGACACGGCCAGCAGCACACACCCCGCGUGGAUGGAGAACCCCUACAGCAAGGUGGACACGGUCGCGGCUGACUUCCUGUUGCGUCGCGGCGGAGAGAGGAAGUCUAACGUGAAGACGGUGCGCGUGGGUCCGCUGUCAAAGAAAGGCUUCUACCUGGCGUUCCAGACUCAGGGCGCGUGUAUGGCCCUGCUGUCCGUCCGCGUCUUCUUCAAGAAGUGCCCCGCCGUCACCCGCGCGUUCUCCUCCUUCCCCGAGACGCUCCCUCAUUCGCUGGUGCAGCAGGCGGAGGGCGUGUGCGUGGCGAACUCCGCCCCCACGGGCCAGAACGCAGCCCCGCCCACCAUGUUCUGUGGGGAGGACGGCCAGUGGGUGGGGCCUCCCUCGUCCACGUGUGCGUGUGAACCGGGAUACGAGCCGGGGGACUCCGACCGCUGCAGAGCGUGUGGACUGGGCCAGUAUAAAGUGUCUGUCGGUGGGAGUUUGUGUCGUGUGUGUCCAGACAACAGUAACACAUACUAUCCUGGAUCCAGUGUGUGUUUGUGUCGCCCAGGAUUCCACCGCGCUCCCAGCGACCUUCCUGAUUCAGCCUGCACCAAACCGCCGUCGGCUCCGCGCAGCAUCAUCUAUCAGAUCAACGAUACGGUGGUGAUGCUGGAGUGGUCGGAGCCGCUGGACCGCGGCGGGCGCUCCGAUCUGUCCUACAGCAUAGAGUGUGCGCGCUGCAGAGGCGCCGCGUGCGUCCCGUGUGCGGACAGCGUCACCUACAAGCCGGGGCAGGUGGACGUGAGCGCCAGGCGCGUCGUCAUCCGUGGGCUCCUCCCACACACCACCUACACCUUCACCAUCCUCGCCCAGAACGGAGUGAGCGCCGCCAGUCACGCGAGCCCCGCCUCCAGCUCCGUCAACAUCACCACCAGCAGAGACGUGGCUGUUCCGGUGUCUGGUAUCAGGAGGACUAAAGCGUCUGAGAGCAGCAUCUCCAUCAGCUGGACGGUUCCUCCGCAGACGCACCACAGCAUUCAGGAGUAUCAGCUGCGCUACACUCUGAAGGAUCAGGAUGACGGAUGGCAGUACAUCAGCAGUAAAACCAACUCUGUGGUUCUGAACGAUCUAAACCGCGCGUCACACUAUCAGGUGCAGGUCAGAGCCAGAACCGCAGCGGGAUACGGACACUUCAGCCCCACCGCCACCAUCAGCACACUACCUGACGAUGAAGAAUCUCCGUCGCGGCUGCUGCUCACCGGUGUGCUGGUCACUAUAGGAGUGCUCCUGCUCAUCGCCGUGGUGAUCAUUGCCGUCUUCUGCUUCAGGCGCUCCAGCCGCACGCGGGAUCCGGACCCGGAUAAGAGCGGCCAGUUCCUGAUGGGUCAGGGGAUUAAAGUGUACAUCGAUCCGUUCACGUACGAGGAUCCCAACGAGGCGGUGAGGGAGUUCGCCAAAGAGAUCGACGUGUCGUUCGUGAAGAUCGAGGAGGUGAUCGGCGCCGGUGAGUUCGGCGAGGUGUGUCGAGGCCGGCUCAAGGUUCCCGGGAAGAAAGAGAACUACGUGGCCAUCAAGACCCUGAAGGGCGGCUACACGGACAAGCAGAGGCGGGACUUCCUGUCUGAGGCGUCAAUCAUGGGGCAGUUCCAGCAUCCCAACAUCAUUCACCUGGAGGGAGUGAUCACAGCUUCCUGUCCCGUCAUGAUCCUGACCGAGUACAUGGAGAACGGCGCGCUGGACUCGUUUCUGAGGCUGAACGACGGUCAGUUUACGCCCAUCCAGCUGGUUGGGAUGCUGCGUGGGAUCGCGUCCGGUAUGAAGUACCUGUCGGAGAUGAGUUACGUUCACCGGGACCUGGCGGCGCGCAACAUCCUGGUCAACAGUAACCUGGUGUGUAAGGUGUCCGACUUCGGCCUGUCCCGAUUCCUGACGGAGAACUCGUCCGACCCCACGUACACCAGCUCACUGGGCGGGAAGAUCCCGAUCCGCUGGACGGCGCCCGAAGCCAUCGCCUUCCGUAAGUUCACGUCGGCGUCGGACGUCUGGAGUUACGGCAUCGUCAUGUGGGAGGUGAUGUCGUUCGGAGAGAGACCCUACUGGGACAUGAGCAACCAGGACGUGAUCAACGCCAUCGAGCAGGACUACCGCCUCCCUCCUCCCCCAGAAUGCCCUGCGUCUCUGCACCAGCUCAUGCUGGACUGCUGGCAGAAGGAGAGAUCGUCCCGUCCGCGCUUCUGCGCCAUCGUCUCCGCGCUCGACCGACUCAUACGAAACCCGGCCUCGCUCAAGAUCACGGGACGCAUCCCUGACGGUCCGUCUCAUCCUCUGCUGGACCAGCGUCCUCCGCCGGCGCUCUCUCACUGCAGCUCAGUGGGCGACUGGCUCCGGGCAAUCAAGAUGGAGCGAUACGAGGACAACUUCCUGCAGGCCGGAUUCACCUCCAUCGAGCUCAUCUCACACAUCUCCACCGAGGAUCUUCUACGGAUCGGCGUGACUUUAGCGGGACACCAGAAGAAGAUUCUGUCCAGCGUCCAAACGCUGCGGGUUCACAGCGGCUCCCUGCGGUACUGACGCUUCCCAGCAUUCCCUGCUUCUGUUACAAGCUCUUACGGAUCGGACCGAUCGACCAAUCACUGUGGACUAUCAUAGAACCAGCCAAUCAGAGUCCAGCAUUCAGGAGAAAGACUGACAGACGUUUAUUCUCGUUUCACUCAGACUGACGUCUCAGGAGCGUCUCGUGAAGAGACGGACGGCGUUACGUCGCACGCUUCCGCACGGACAUAAGAGGAUGACGUGUUACUGUUGCCGUGGUGACGCCGCUGCAUUCUGGGAGCUUAAUUGGAUCUUCACAUUGAAGAUUCAUUAUAAUUAUUAUUAUAAAGUGAGAUUAUUUUGUAAUUAUUAUUUUGUACGUAUCAAAACAGCACAAAUAAUGAACGAAUGUUUGUUUAGCAAAAGUACUGUGGGAGCUGUCAAUCAAACCGAGUGUAAUCCGUGUGACCAAUCACAUUAAAGAUCUGCACUGGCCCCUCCCACCAGA